UCACACAGCUGUUUCUCCUCAGGCACUAUGGGUAAUCACCUCCUAGCCAAUCCAAUGCUACAGACCCACUCUGGCUCCUCCCCUUACAACACCCUAUUGGCUGAAACAUUCAACCCCCCGUCACCAGCAGUUUUCAACGCCACUGGCACGUUCAGAAACUCAAAGGGCACACUGUCGUGCAGCCGUGAGUCGUGUGGGCUGGAGGGAGUCCGGCUCAACGGAAACUACAACAACAGCUACUCGCUACACGGAGGGAGUUCGGAUCUGCUGGGGGGCGUUCCUGUGGGAUCCGGGGGCGUGUCUGGAGAAGUCAGCCCCGCCCUUUUGACGCCUAGAGGGGCAGAGCCUGCUGGCGGUUUGAGGCAGAACCUUCCUGAUGCGGCGGCGUUGGAGAAGAUGAUCAUAUCCGAGCUCGUCCAGAGCAACCUGCGGCCUUCCACCGAUCGCUACGGCAAUGGACCAAAUUCCACGAUGCACCGGCAGGAUUACGCAACGUCGACGAGUCACAGAGAGCCUCCGCAACGGCCCUUGCCCCGCCCACCUCCGCCGCCUCCGCAGGACGAGGAGGAGCUGCUGUACAAAGCGCUGGAAAAGCCACGCCUCCCGGACAAGACCCGCCUACCUGAUAAACCCCUCCUGCCGGAGAAGCCCCGCUUCCUGGAGCACGCCCAGUCUGUGUUCUACCAGAGCGAGGAGGACUUGGAGAGCUUCUCGGCGGAAAUCACGGACGGCGUGGGCGGGGCCGGGCCAGACUCCGCCUCCCUGUACGCGCGGGACCGUGAUUCAUCUUAUCCCGACAGCAGUCCCGAGGCGCUGGGGGCGGAGCCACACUCCACCCUCCCGCCGGACGAGCUGUACUUCAGCGCAGGACGCCAAGCGCACAUCUCAGCUUUUUACCAGCCUCCGCCUCGCAGGAACAACGACGAGGCUCGGCCGGGACUGCAGCCCUCGCAGGGGGAAGGCGACGGACAGAUGCAACUGGUGACGAGUCUGUGACUAGGGCGCUGGUGACCAGGACACGUAGAUCUGGAGGAGGACAAUGAGGGUGGACGUCUUCAACAUCGCCAUCAUCAUCGCCAUUAGUAUCUGGGCGAAUCUCUCGAAACCAUGCGUCUGGUUUGUAGGUCACCCACAAAUCUUAAGAAAGACUUCAUUUGAGAUCUGAGUUCACUUGAUUUUGUAGUGGAAUAUGGGCCAGACGUGUUUCCAGGAGGUUCACGCAUUAGUAUGAAGCUACUUUCAGAUAAUGAAAACCAUUAUCGUGUGUCUUGAGAUCUCUCAGAAAGAGCAGUGUGCUGAAAGCCUUGGGAGAUCCCUAUUGAGAUGGUGAUAGUGAUGGUGAUGAUGAUGGCAAUGUUGGCUUCCUCCUCCACUUCUCUGUCUCCUGGUCACCCGAACACCCACCCUGCUCAUCUCACUGCCAUUCAAGCACAUCCGUCUGUCCUUUCUAAGAAGAAAUCUUCUUAUCGGGUAGUUUUUCCUCCAUUUGUCCAUUCUCCAUCUCCUCCCUGCUGAGAAAACCAGUUUAAACCAUCCUGGGGUAGGUAUCUGGUCUCCUAACCUGCCCAAACUGGUCCGUUUUGCUGGUUUUUGGUGGGAGACCAUCUGAAAACCACCUUAGGCUGGCUUAAGCUGGUUUUUCAGUGGGAUUUCUUUCAUUCAGGGUGGUGUGGUUUAUGAGUGUCAGACCUUUAUCAGAAUGUGAUGACACUUACACCAGAGACCGCAGCUCUUACACAUGCCAAAAAAAUAAAUAAAAAAUCACACACACUUGGGGAGCAGCUACUGUCAGGAUCACGCUCUCACCGUCAUAAGGUUAAGAGUCACGGGUUCAACACGUCAAGCGAAUCAACCAGACUGUUGUUUUUGAGCAGUGUGGCGGAUAACGAACUCUCGCGCCACCUGUCCGGACGCCAACCAAUCAUUCGCUUUGGUGUUCAAGACACUGACCAAUCAUGUUGUUGGGUUUGGAGAACGUUGACUCAAUGCUCCGCCCCCUUCCUGUGUUUAAGUAGGUCCUGUAAAUAAGAACUGAGAGACGCAACGCCUCUGGACAUGCUUCUCUUUCACUUACGAGUUUAUGGUUGAAAAAAGUCUUAAAGAAUAUGUAGAUGAACUGAUGACACUGUCUCCUCUUCCGGCCUUUUUCUCACUCUCUCUU